AUGCUGAGUCAGGUGGCAUCUGAUUUGGCAACGUCAAAUUUGGAGAAAUUGAUAAAUGCAACACUUGAACAAUCACGUUAUAUUUGUUGCUUCACAAGCAUUACUGAGGACUUUGAAAAGGAAAAGAAAAAAUUGAUAGCAAAAAGGACAACUUUGGGUGAGCAUGUUAAAGUGGCAAAUAGAAGAAAUGAAAACAUAAGAAGUGAUGUCGCGUCUUGGCAAGAGCAAGUUGAUGAACUUAUGAAAGAAGACACCAAAACAAAAGUCAGAUGCUUUUUUGGAUGGUGUCCUAAUUGCAAAUGGCAAUAUAGUAGGGGGAAGGAUUUGGAAAGCAAGACUGAAGAGAUUAAAAGACUCAUGGAAUGCAACUUGGAAAAUGUUGGAAUCCCUCGUGAUGUUCCAGAAAUUGAAUAUCAUUCUUCUCAAAAUUACAUUUCUUUCAACAGUAGAAAGUCGGCCUAUGAGAAACUUUGGAAUGCAUUGACAGAUGAAAACAACUAUAUAAUUGGAUUGCAAGGGAUGGGGGGCACAGGUAAAACAGCAUUAGCAAGAGAAAUGGGUAAGGAGCUUAAGAAAACAAAAAUGUUUGAUACAGUUGUUGAUACUACAGUGUCUAAUACCCCUGAUACAAAAAGGAUUCAAGAUGAUAUUGCAGGGCCAUUAGGGUUGCCAUUGAAGGAUUGUACUGAAUCAGAAAGACCUAGAAAGUUGUGGGACAGAUUGAAAAAUGGUGAGAAAAUUCUUGUCAUUCUUGAUGAUGUGUGGGAAUAUAUCAGUUUUGAAGAAAUAGGUAUUCCACCUAAGGACAACCACAACGGUUGUAGAAUUCUUGUAACCACUCGCAAUAUGAGCAUAUGCAACAGAAUGGACUGUGACAAGACAAUUGAACUAAAUGUCUUACCUGACGAAGAAGGAUGGAUCUUGUUCCAAAAGCAUGCCGGUUUGAGUGAUAGUUCUUCUAAAAUUCUUAUCGAUAAAGGUCGUAAAAUUUCCAAAGAAUGUAAAGGCUUACCAAUUGCAAUUGAAGUUAUCGCUAGUAGUUUGAAGCGCCAACAACAUUUGGAAGAAUGGAAUGUAGCCUUAAAAGCCUUGCGAAAGUCCAUGCCCCUACAUGGCGAUGAUGAUAAUUGGGGUAAAGUUUUUACAUGUUUGAAGUAUAGUUAUGACAAUAUGAAGAAUAAAACAGCUAAGGAAUUGUUCCUUUUGUGUUCUAUGUUCCAAGAAGAUGAAGAAUUUGAUGAAGAAACUUUAGUCAGACUUGCCAUAGGAGCGGGCCUCAUUGAGAAAAUUGAAGAUGAUGAUUACAUUCAUGUUUAUUAUUGA